AUGAACCCGCCGAGCUUUGUCCUGGAGCGCUUCUUUGCCCAGUAUGAAUUCUCGGCAAAGUAUCAGGAUGUUCUUGAGUGCGUGCCGUGCGAGGGCAUACUGCUCACUGCCCAGGCGCUCGUGGCGCCCGGUGAUCACGUUGUAGUCGUGUGGCCUGCCUACCAGUCUCUCUUCGAGAUUGCUCGGGCACGAGGCGCGAUGAUCCACAGGUGGCACGUGCGCGGGGGUGGCGUCGUGCCGCUGCGCUUCGACGUCGACGACCUGGCGGCCACGUGCGCGGCUGUGGGCGGCAAGGUCAAACUCAUUGUCGUCAACUUUCCGCACAACCCUACCGGCUGCCAGCUGACUGAAAGCGAGCUGAUGCGCGUUGUCGCCAUCGCGCGCUCGUGCGGCGCCUUUGUGCUCGGUGAUGAGAUGUACCGCGGCCUCGAGUACGGCGAUUCCCCGCCACUGCCGGCCAUGUGUGAGGUCUACGAAAGGGCAUCUCGCUAG